AUGGCCAAGCGGACGGCCACAUGCACCGCGGCUUUGCUGGUGACGCUUUGCUUGCCGGUUGGCUUUGUAGGCCCUUCCAGGACCGCGGCUCACGCACGCGUGCCCGCGGCUCACCGAAACCGGCACCGCGUGGGGCCUUUGGGUGCGAAGAACCCGCCAGACGUGCGGAAGCUGCUGGAAGGCGCCGGGCUCAUUCCGCCGCAGCCCACCGAGCGCUGGGUCCCCGAGGAGGAAGCUUUGGAAUUUGAGACGCCUUUUGAUCAACUCAAACAGAACAUCAAGGAUGCCUUCCUUCAGCCCAACCAGGAAGCCUUAGUCCCGCAAGAGGAGGCCGUGGAAUUCGAGACGCCCAUCUCGCAGCUGUCCAGCUUUCGACCGGAGGAGUUGGAAACGCCCUUGGAGUGGAUCAAGAAAUCUGUGAAGAAGGAGAAGCUGGUGCCGGAAGGGGAGGCUUUGAAGUUUGAAACGCCCAUCUCUAUCUUGUUUCAAGAAGAUGAGGAGUUGGAAGCUGAAGAGCUUUGGUCCGAUCUGCUGGCACCGUUGCUGGAGACAGAUGCAGUGGACACCAUGAACGAGAGCAACUACCUCACGGUCACCGUGCAGAAACCGCUUGGGCUGACGGUGGAGGAGAACUCCAAGGUCGCUGGUGGUGGCGUGGCGGUGUGUGGACUGGAACCCAACUCCAACGCGGAGCGUGCUGGCUUGCGCACGGGGCUGCAGCUCUUAGCUGCUGGUGGUGUUCCAGUCCAUGGCAUGUCCCUGGAGGACGCGAUCCAGCCGAUCGAGGCGGCGGAAGACCAGGUGCAGCUCACCUUCUUCAUGGGCAGUGCAGAGGCCUUCUAUGGAGUUCUAGGGCCCAAACCUGCGUGGCUCUCGUCCUUCCUCCACAAGCUGCAAAUCCAACACUUGGCCUGGCAGUGGCAGGAGGGCAAGACACCCCAGGGACGGACCUGGAGCUGGGCUUUAGAGCUUCUAGAUGAACUACGGGAAAGCGACGUGGAUGAGGAGACCUACUCCAAUGCAGUGGUCGCUGCCAUGGAGGCCUGUCAGAAGGCCUCGCGAUGGCAACCCGCUCUGAAGCUCCUGGAUGACCUUUGCGCCUCCAGCGCCGCCGCGGACCUCCGCGCCGCCUACCGCGCGGCCGUGGUGACCUGCGACCGGGGUGGAGAGCCACUGCGAGCAAUGUGGCUGCUGGACGAGAUGAAGGCGCGCAGCAUUCAGCCGGAUGCGGCCACCUACAAUAGUGCCAUCAGCUCGUGUCGAGCUUUGCUCCGGUCCUUGCAGACCCAGUCGGCGAGCCUGCCCGACCUGCGCGCGCGCGUCCGCCGCGGGCCCCGCCGGGCGCGGCGGCGGUCGCGGCCGGUGCAGCAGCGGAAGCUCAGUGUGUCGCCCUCCAAAGAUGCCAUCACAUCGCACCGUGCAGUGACCAGCACCAACUGGAGGUCCUCCUCGAAAUCUGGCCAGGAGCCACUCUCCUUGGAGCCCUUGGCGCCGUUGGCAGGGCGAGGGCUUGUGGCUGCAGAGCCUAGGGGCCGCCGAGCGGCGUCGCCGCAACCGGCAGCUGCCAGGAGGGCGGUGUCAACUGGAGGGUUCGAGCGGAAGAUGAUGAAGAGCCCCUCACAGGGGUCUUUGUCCACGGCUGCCUUGGUGGCACUCAGGUCAUAA